GCAAGGUGCCCUGUUGAGCAGGCCAUGGCAUGGGCUUGGAAAAUCCUGUGGGACUUUGUGGGUCCGCUCGCGUGGCCGAUGACGGAAACAGCGAUCAACAUUCGCGGCCAUUCUUCUCGCUUGCUCACCACCAUCGCUGCAUCGUUGCGCAUUCUCCAUGUCCUCCCCAACACCCGACCCGUCGUCCUCUGCUGAUGAUGUGAAGGCCCAAGAUGGCGCCGAUGCCCCCCAAGAGACCGAGCCCGCGUCCUCAAAACACGAAGCCAAGGGCAAGGAUCGAGAGGCAGCAGCAGAGGACGCAAGGGAGUCCUCUGAAUCGGACGGCGAGAAGCAGCAAGGCUCGAAUGACGGAGAGGAGGAGCCAGCCUCCCCCGAACCCUCGACAUCGCAGCAGCAGCCGUCAGCAGAGGGCACGCCCUGGCAGGCCGUCUUCGCCCCGCAGUACAACGCCUACUACUUCUACAACUCCCAAACCGGCGAGACGACCUGGACUAACCCGCUCGAUCCAUCUGCCUCCGCCUCUACCUCAAACCCCGCUGCCGGCCCUUCAGCCUCGACCACCGCCACCACCACUACCACCACCGCCUCCCCACCCCCCACCGGCGCCUACACCGCCCUCCAGCAGACCGCCCUCGCGCAGGGCAUCGACCCCGCGCUCGCGCACCUGGACCCCUCCCUCACCUCCGCCACGCCCAACACUGCAUCAACCUCCGCCUUCGUCGCCAAGUUCAACGCGCGCACGGGCGCGUUCACGGGCGCGAGCGGCCGGGACCCGAGCCACCUAAGCGAGUACGAGCGCAUGCGGCGCAUGAACUCCGUCUUCUUCGACAUGGACAAGUGGGAGCAGGAGGCCGCCGCGCGCGCGGAGGCGGAGGAGGCGGCGGGGAAGAAGCGCAAGCGGCCGACGAAGAAGGACUUGGAGCGCUUCAAGGAGCAGAAGCGGCAGAAGAAGAUUGCGAAGACGGCGUGGUUGAGGACGUAGGGCGUCGUUUGGCGUCAGGCUCCCCUUCAUGUUCACGGGGAGACUGUCAACACAACCUCUAUCUCGUAUGUCGAUGUGAUACACUGCAAGUAUGGGAUACAGCGUAUCACUUACAUCUCCGUAUCGAACACGCGAACGAUGCACUCGAUCUACGGACCUGCCCUCAUCCCAAGCAGUGGCAAC